AUGCGAGACGAGGGGAAAGCUAAACCCCAGCAGGAGCAGAAGGAGCAGAAGGAGGAAGCAGCCAGAACGGAACACAAAGUGAUCUUCGACGUGCUAAUCGUUGCAUCGAUUGCUCUUAUAGUCAGAGCAUUCACUGUAGGAUACACCAUCCUAUGGUCCAGACUGAUAAGCAGUUACAAAUUUAGCAAUGACCUCCUGUGCGAUGAAGAAAAGGGGAUUUUGUGGAGUUAUUUAAAAUGUUUUUCUUCCUGGGAUGGGGAAUAUUUUUUACGGUUAUCAUUAAACGAGGCAGAAUACCUGUACGAGCAGAACCAUGCGUUUUUUCCUGCACUGCCUUUAGUGGUAGGUUACCUAAAAAGACUGCUGGAGGGGGUGUUCCCCAAUGUGGGUGCCUGCUCGAUGCACGUGCUAAUAUGUAUAGUUGCGAAUAAUUUUUUGUUCGUUCUUUCCGUCAUUGGGUUGUACCUAUUCGCCUUUACGUCGCUCCGUGGAAGGGCAUCACGUAUCGGUUUAAAGAAGGGGGACAACUACUUGGAUAAGGUUAAGAGUGUAGAGGACUGCCGCCGUCUGAGCUUCAUGGCUGCACUUCUAUUCACCUUUAAUAUGGGAAGCAUACACAUGAGCAGUUUUUACAGCGAAAGUUUCUUUAGCUGUCUGUCCAUUUGGGGAUUCAACUUUUUGCAGUGGUCCCUGAAUUUCGGCAAGGGGAGAUUCCCCUUCGAACUGUUAGCAGUUUUGUCCUUUUCCGUUGCAUCCCUUUUCAGAUCUAAUGGAAUUUUAUUUUUAAUACCUCUUUUCGUGCACACCGUAAGGACAUGUGCAUUCUGUGUGCACUGUGCAGGGGUGAUAUCACUCCCGUGGGAACGACGCAAAACAGACGGAGAGCAGAUAUUGAACCACUUCUUAAACAAACGAAUGCUGUUGCAGUUUGUCCUCCACUGGGGAAAGGCCCUCCUCGAAGCAGCAUUAGUAGUACUACCGUUUGUGACCUUUCAAGCCUACGCCUACCACUUGUAUUGCGUGCAGGGAUAUGAUAAACUAUGGAAAGAGGAACACAAAAAAUUUCUCAACUUUUCUAUAUCCCUUUGGGCAAACCCUAUUCAGUAUGCAAGCAGGUGGAGGUACACCCGUGGGGCAGACCAACUGAUACGUAGACCAUGGUGCGACAAAACUAUUCCAUUUGUUUACAACUACAUUCAGCAUAAGUAUUGGGAUGUUCAGUUUUUAAAAUUGCUCCGAUCGCCAAGUGGUAGUAUACUGUAUGCACUUCCUGUUUAUUUGACGUCGUUUCAUGCAGUGUAUGAUUUUUUUCGCAACUGGACAUUUCCCCGGGGUCAGACUUCUUUCCUGUUUACCCCCUUCCUGGGGGAGGUCCUCCACCUGGGCGUCUUAUGCUUCUACCUGUUGAUUUUUGCCCACGGAGAGAUCAUCCUGCGGCUUAUAGCGAGUUCCCCCCUUUUCUACAUCCACUACGCCUACCAGCUCAAGUACUCAGAUAAGUGGAACUUUGUCCUACUGAUCAAUUUGCUUUAUUUUUUUAUUGGGCCCCCCCUGUUUGGCACGUACAUCGCGUGGACCUAG